AUGGCUUUCAUCUUCAGAACGGCCAUGCAAUCUGCAGGGCUUUCUCUCUCACUGCUAGGAUGGGUCCUGGCCAUUAUUACAACGUAUCUGCCCCACUGGAAGAACCUCAACCUGGACCUGAACGAGAUGGAAAACUGGACCAUGGGGCUCUGGAAAGCCUGCGUCAUCCAGGAGGAAGUAGGGAGGCAAUGCAAGGACUUUGACUCCUUCCUGGCCUUGCCAGCUGAACUCCAGAUCUCCAGGAUCCUGAUGUCUCUGUCGAAUGGGCUGGGGCUGCUGGGGCUGCUGGGCUCUGGCUGUGGCCUGGACUGCUGGAGGCUCGGAGAGAGCCAGAAGGGUCUGAAGAGGCGGCUGCUCAUCUUGGGAGGGUUCCUGCUCUGGACUUCGGGCGUGCUGGUCCUGGUUCCUGUCUCCUGGGUGGCCCACGUGACGGUUCAGGAGUUCUGGGAUGAGACCCUGCCUGAGAUUGUGCCCAGGUGGGAGUUUGGGGAGGCCCUUUUCCUUGGCUGGUUUGCUGGCUUCUGCCUGGUACUUGGAGGGUGCCUGCUCCACUGUGCAGCCUGCUGGAGCCCGGCUGCCCCCGCCUCGGGCCACUAUGCAGUGGCAGGAUUGCAAGACCACGGUUCGUAUCUGGAAAACGGAACUGCACAGCCUCACGUGUAA